GUAUUUGUUGCAGUUUUCCGUCUUGGCAGCAUGCCACCAGCUCUUCUUUGAUACCAUCUCCUGUUGCCGCUCCAUAUGCCACAGCCUUCUACUAGCCUCUCUGUUCUCUCUCUCUCUCUCCCACGGGCUCUUCCGUACGAGUUGUACGGAAAGUACUGCUAGUAGCAUUUAGAGUCUGGAGAUGCAUCCCGCCAGUGGCUUCACUUCCUGUCCUUCCGCUUUUGACCAGUAAUUUCUUCAGUCCGCUCGCAGCAGGAGUCACAUGUCCACGUGGCUGUCCCAUCGCCCAGUACAAUCACAUCCGUUCUCUUAAACAUCAACCCGUGAACAAAUGCGUGACACGUGGCAAGGCAUGGCUCCAGGAUGCCCAGACGACACGUGGCGCGAAUACAGCGUUCCGUUCGGAGACAAUUCCACGUGCUCACAAGGAUGGGCGGACCUCCUCGGCAUGCCGUGUCAGCCAAUUGCUCCACGUCAGCAACUCGACCCGCCUCGUCAUUUCCCUGGUUCGACACGUCACCCGAACAGUCUCUUGCUGCCUCGGCCUCCGUCUUUCACGCAGCCGAAGCAGUGGCCUAUCUUCCCCACGCUUUUCUCGUCGCGGGUCGAUAGUUCCUCCGACGCCUUAUUCUCGCUCUCCGCGAACGACGCUGUAGCCACUCGUCACCUGGUCUCUAAAACACCGCCGCCGCCGCCGCCGCCGCCGUCGGCGCCGCUGUUGUCAACGGUUCCCCUCAGCAAUUUUCAAACGUCCCAGAAUCAGCUCUCCUCGCUUCCUCCCGCCCCGGCUUCUCCCCGCGGCCCCCGCCUCGGCAGCAGCGGUGGCAGUAGCAGCAGCGGCGGGGAAAGCGGCGCAACUGACGGCGGGGAUGGCGGCGGAUUAUGGGGCAGGGAGGAAGCGGAGGAGGAUGCUAGCGCGCAUCGGCGCGCAGCGCUCGACUUUGUGCUGGAGCUGGCCGGGCCGCAGAUGGUGUCGGCAUCUGGCGACCGUCGAUUCCGAUGGUGCCCCGAUUCGCUGAUCCCAGCCGACGAAUUGCCCGUCGCUGCCUUCGCCGUGGACAGGGAUCUGACGUGCGUGAUGUGGAACCGGCGAAUAGCGUCGCUGACAGGCUGGAGCCUCGAUGACGUGGCGCAGAUGGGGAGGUUUCCGGGAAGACUGCUGCGGCCUGCAAAGGAGUCCGCGUACGAGCACGCGCACGACGUGCUGCAGGCAGCCAUGCAGCGAGCAGAGCCCGUCCAAGUAGCCAUGGUGCUCGUCACCCGCGCCCAAUGCGACACCCACUGCGACACCCUCUGCGACACCCUCUGCGACACCCUAUGCGACGGCCUAUGCGACGCCCAAUGCGACGCACAGCAGCAGGAGCUACCCAGCCAGGCGUCACCCACGCAUGAGUUACCCGAGCAGCAGUUGUGCGUGCAGCUGCACGCAUGCAUGCGCACGGAUGCAGUGGGGGCGAUAAACGGGGCGCUCUGUAUCGUCAUGCCGCUUACUACCAUGGCCAUGUCUCUUACCACCUUGGCUCUGCUCACUCCGGCACCUGAUCCUGUUGCCACCCCUACCGUAGCCACCUCACCUCACCCAUCAGCUGCUGCUGCCACUGCCACUCCUGUUGCUGCUGCCGCUGCUACAUCCGUUGCCCCUCUGGCUGCUCCUGAUGCUGCUGCCGCUGCUACAUCCGUUGCCCCUCUGGCUGCUCCUGUUGCUGCUGCCACUGCUACAUCCGUUGCCCCUCUGGCUGCUCCUGUUGCUGCUGCCGCUGCUACAUCCGUUGCCCCUCUGGCUGCUCCUGUUGCUGCUGCCACUGCUACAUCCGUUGCCCCUCUGGCUGCUCCUGUUGCUGCUGCCGCUGCUACAUCCGUUGCCCCUCUGGCUGCUCCUGAUGGUGCUGCCAUUGCCGCUCCUCCUCCUGCUGCUGCUGCAUCGUUUGCCAAGACGUUGCCCACGGACGAGGAGGACGGAGGAGGAGGGAUGGAUGCAAGAGGUGGGGGAGUGACCAAUGAGUGGCUCGGGAUUAGGAGGCCGGACUUGGAGAGUGCAAGAGGCGCGCCUAGCAGCAUCUUCAGUCGCUGCAGCGGCUGCAGCGGCAGCAGCAGCGGGGGAUUGGCUGGGAGAGGUGCAAUCGGAGGGGAGGAGAGGGAGAGUGCGACGAGGUGUGGCAGCGGAUGCAGCGGCGGUGGCGGCGGUGGCUUGGACUCCCCUUCCUGCCGGUCCCGUCCCUGCAAUAUAAUCACAUCGCCCGAAUGUGGCGGUGCUUACGGAGAGUGGAGAAGACGGCGUGGGAGUGCGAGGACGGAUGAUCUGGGAAUGGAGAGGCAGAGGGAGGGAGUGCGCGGAGUUGCACCGCUGGCAGUGGAUGUAGGCGCCAGCUCACCAGUGGCAGCAGGGUCAGCAUCAUCACCAACAACCCCAUCAUCAGCAGCAUCCCCAGGGUCCCCAGUAUCGGCAUCAUCGCCAGAAUCACCAGACGACAUUCCCGAGGGCAUGCGGGGCCCACCGGAGCUGCACACGCCUCGGGAGAUCCUCCCGUCCCGCCACAUGCUGGAGAGCGUUGGCGUGGGCGCCACGCGCAGAUUCCUCCCCUCCAACGCCUCCCACACCAUUUCAUCUCACCCCACGCCAAAGACCCCUCCGGCCGCUACAGCCCUGCUCCCCUCCCCCAUCCCUGUCCCCCCCAACGCCUCCCACACCGUCUCCUCUCACGCCACCUCGAAAACCCGUUCUGACGUCUCCCCGACGAGCCGUCCUGCCACCACAGCCCUGCUCCCCUCCCCCAUCCGUGCCCCCUGCAGCGCCUCCCGCACCAUCUCGUCUCACGCCACCUCUAAUACUCCUCCUUCUGGCAUGGCCCUUGUCCCGUCCGCCGCCACCGAUUCGCCAGGCUCACCUUCUGCUGCCCGGCCUUCACCAGGCCGAUCUCCACCUGCGCAUCCCAUUUCCACCCCUCCGGUGCCCUGUGAGAUGAAACCCAUGUCUCUGCAGAUGAAACGCUCUCCCAGGGUGCGGUUUGACACGUGUCAGGAUGAGAUGAAACGCCGGACUCGAGAGCUGGAGGCUGAACCGUUUCAUCUGCUGGGAUCUCCACCCGCCUCGCUCUCCCACUCUCCCUCUCCCUCUCCCAGCGGCCCUUGCUUCCCCGAUUCAAAGGAAGAGCCUAAGCUCGGAGUGAACUCAAGUGAUGCUGCUAUUACUGCUGGUGGUGGUGCUGCUGCUGCUGCUGUUAUUGAUGAUGAUGAUGACGCUGCAGCCAACCAGCCGGCGGCAGUGAGGCAUGCGGCAGCCUUGAGGCAGCCCGUGGGUCUGCCCCCCAUUCGCGUGCAGCGGCGACGAUUGGCCGAUGUGCUCUGCGGUGGUGGUGAUGGUGAUGGGAGGCCGUUUGGAGAGGAGAGGUUGGGGAGAAUCGAGGGGAUGGGAGGGAGUGGUGCGGGGGGUAAGGGAGGCAAGGCAGCAGAUGGCGCCUUCCCUGGAAGAGCCUACCCGUUGCUGACGCCUCUUCAGCUGCUGUCGCCCCUGGCUCUCUCCCCGUACCCUCCUUGCUCGCCUGGGUGGGAGCAGAGCGCGCUGCUAGGGGCGGCCGUUGCUCUCCUGCGGUCACCCCCUGCUCUGCCACCCUCGCCCGUGGUGGCCCUGCCUUCGCUGGUUGGGGGGAAUGAUGAUGCUGCUGCUGCUGCUGCUGCACCCGCAACAGGUAGAGCUAAGGGAUUGGAAGGGGAAGUGGCAGCAGCAGCAGCAGAAGCAGGAGCAGCACCAGUUGGCUUUACUGUCAGCAGCAUGCUAGCAGGCAGGAAGCGAGUGCGAGCACCAGCAGAGAGAUUGCUGACCGGAACAACAUCCUUCCUAUCUGGUGGCUCGUCUGCUGCGACCCCCUUGCCUCCCAUGCCCUCCGCCGCCGGUCCCCCCUCCUCCUAUAACGCCUCUUUAGCUGCGACCUCCUUGCCUCCCAUACCCUCCUACGUGGGUACCCCCUCUCGUCUGCUGCCUCCGUCCACCCCUAUGUGUGUGCGUGCGCUGGUGGCGGACGGGGCGACAGCUGGCGGCGUGGGAGUAGGGCUGGUGGGCGCGCUGCUGAACGACCUGCCGCAGCAGCUGGAGCGGUGCGGCUUCGAUGUUGUCACGGCAGCUACAGUCACAGAGGCUGUGGGGCGGUUUGAAGAGGCAGUGGGCGGAUGGGCAGCCGUGGUGCCAGAGGUGUGCGAUGGCAGUGGGAAGGACGACAGGGAGGAUGACAGGGGGAAAGACAGGGGGGAAGACAGGGGGAAAGACAGGGGGGAAGACAGGGGGACCAACUCGGGGAAAAACAUGGGAGAGGACAGCGGGGAGGUUGAAGGGGGGGAGCAGCAGCAUGCGAGAUGUGCUGGUGAGCAGUGCGCUUUGAGUGAAGCGGGCCUGGCAUCAGAUGCAGCGGAGGCAGGAGGGAAGGCGGACGGACCCUUCUCCCUCGUGGUCAUGGAGCUCGAGGCCAUGGCUCAUGAUGGCUUUGCCUGCAUCCGCAGCAUUCGCCGUGCCGAGGGACAAAGAGAAGGCGGGAAGGGAAGGGAUGGGGAGGAAUGCACUGCUGCUGAUGCCAGGUGCAACCAGCUCCCAGUCUCUGCUCCUGGGGGCAGUUUCAGUGGUAUUGAGGCAGACACGAAUGAAUCUUCAUCAUCACCAGCAGCAGCAGCAGCAGCAGCAACAUGUGCAGCAGCAGCAGCAGAAGAAGCUCCUGGUUCUGUUUCUCCGCUUGAGGACCCGGCAAGAGCAGCAAAUUCUGUUCCUCGCACGGUCAUUAUUGCAGUUGCUAACAUGAACAGGUGGGAUCUGGCGGGGUUGGACCGAGCCAUGCAGCAGAGCAUGCAUGCAGGUGUAGAUGCGGUGGUCCCUCGCACCAUGAACCUUCAACAGCUCAAGUCGGUGCUCAGGAAGCUGGGCGUGAGGGGCAAGUAUGUUUUGGUUCCCUCCUCGCUGCCCCGUGCCAUGUCUGGCACUGUUCACAACCCCCUCAAUAUGUCUAGGUAGAAAGAGGAGCACGAGAAAGUCUUGCUCCUUGUCUGUAUGCCAAGUGGUUUAUGGGUGCAUGCGAUUCUAAUAUUCAUCCAAAUGUGUUA